CCUCAUUCCCAGCGAGACUCACUCUGCUCCUCCAAGUGCUUCGCGGGUGGAAAAAAAGGACGCGAGUGAAGUUUAACAAGUUAGACAAGGAGCGAGUUGAGCUUUCCUCCCCCGGUGUGUUUGUAAAGCGGGUCGUCGAGGAGUGGCAGAGAAGCGACACGGAGACAGAGAGGAGCGCACUCACAGAAAGCACCUGGAAAAGACACGGAUGCGAGUUUUAGAAGUUUAUACAAGUGAACGUUAUUGAAGCACAAAGAGAGGAAACCAUGAAGAAAUCUGCAUAUACAGCGAGAUCAGCCAGUGCUCGAGCGAGACGAACUGAGAGAGAAGGAUCUGGCAUCACCAGUCCCACACUGAAACGGUCAUUCGAAGUGGAGGAGACAGAUACGUCCAUUCACCCAUCAUCCCUCUCUCGCCGCACCACUAACCCUCUCCGCUCAUCCACCUCCUCCACAUCCAGCCAGCGCAGCUACGACAUGAGCUCCCGCAACUCCGACUACUCCUCCACCAGAUCUUCCCCCUCUGAGUCCUCCAAUCCACGUUCCCCAAAGACCGGUAUGAGGCGCAUUGAGUUAUCAGGGGGUCGAAACCCUGAUGCAGCCUCGUCCCGCCGCACAGAAAUCUCCAUUGAAGUCUCCUCCAAGCAAAUUGACAACUCACCCAGCGCUGGCAUUGCCCGCUUUGGCCUCAAACGACCUGAGGUAAGCCUGGGCAGUCGGAGCACCCCUCUGGACAGCUCUACUAACUCCAGCUCAGGCUCUGCAAAUAGACGGGCAGAGCUCAGCAUGACACGGUCCCAUGAGCCACCGGCCCCUCCAAGGAGGAUGGAUUCUCAGCUGGCGUCUGCCCCAGUCUCAAGGAUCCCUGAGCCCCCUCAGAGAAGAGCAGAGCCCCCAUCCCCCAUCCUCAGUCUAGCUGAGGGGGCCUCCAGGAGGUCAGAGAUGCCCGUCUUCAGACAGCCAGACAGCUUAGUGCCAGGCAGUGUAAUGGAGAACAACAACAACCACCUGCCCCCUGCACCCAGUGCUCCCCUGCCUUCACUGGCAGAGCCUCGGGAGGAGAGAGUGCAGUCUCCUGCCACAGAGACGCCCACAGCCCGACCAACAGACACAGAACCAGAGGUGAUUUCCAGCUACAGUGACAGUACCAUGUCUGAGGCGGUGAUGCCUGAUACUAUGGUGUCCCCAGCAGUGGGUGGUAUGUACGGGGAGAAGGCCGGCGGCCCUGUGGUGGACUUCAGUUAUGUGGGCAUUGAUGCCAUUCUGGAGCAAAUGAGGAGGAAGGCCAUGAAGCAGGGUUUUGAGCUCAACAUUAUGGUUGUGGGACAGAGUGGCCUAGGAAAGUCUACUCUGAUGAACACGCUGUUCAAGUCUAAAGUCAGCCGCAAAUCUGUGCUGGCUACAGCCCAGGAGAAGAUCCCCAAAACAAUCGAAAUAAAGUCUAUCAGUCAUGACAUCGAGGAGAAGGGAGUGAGAAUGAAGCUGACAGUCAUUGACACACCAGGAUUUGGAGACCAGAUCAACAAUGAGAAUUGCUGGCAGCCCAUCAUGAAGUUCAUUAAUGACCAGUAUGAGGCGUACCUGCAGGAGGAGAUCAACAUCAACAGGAAGAAACGGAUCCCGGACUCCAGAGUUCACUGCUGCAUUUACUUCAUCCCCCCGACUGGACACUGUCUGCGGCCCCUUGAUGUAGAAUUCAUGAGACGUCUCAGUAAAGUUGUCAACAUCGUCCCAGUCAUUGCCAAGGCGGACACACUUACUCUGGAGGAGAGGGACUUUUUCAAAAAGCAGAUCAGGGAAGAGCUACAAGCCAAUGGGAUUGACGUGUAUCCUCAGAAGGAGUUUGACGAGGAUGCAGAGGACAGAAUGAUCAAUGAGAAGAUCAGGGAGAUGAUCCCUUUUGCCGUGGUGGGAAGUGACCAGGAGUACCAGGUUAAUGGCCGGAGGCUGCUGGGGAGGAAGACCAAGUGGGGGACCAUUGAAGUUGAGAACAUAGCCCACUGUGAGUUUGCCUAUUUAAGAGACCUCCUCAUCAGGACCCAUAUGCAGAACAUUAAGGACAUUACCAGCAGCAUCCACUAUGAAAUGUACCGUGUGAGGCGUCUCAAUGAGAACAACACAGUGGCGGCUCACGCCAAUGGAAUACCACAGCAUCAUCUUGCCGCCCAUGAAAUGUAGAUGCCACAGUUGACUGUUGUCCACUGUGUGUGUGAUUCAUCGGCUAUGAGACUUUGACCUCCACUCCAGCCCCCCCCCCAUCUUCUCACAGGUGGGACAGAAACCUUAAAGCUUGCCAUAGGGACUUCAUUUUCAAUAUUUUUGGCGGCUUCAUGGACAGUCUCUGUCAGUUUACUGUCUCUUUAUCAAACACUAUCCUCUCACUAUUGCUGACAAAGAGAGUGAAGAGAAGUUUGAUUGUUCAUAAUGCGCUGCAGCUUGUUUUUACCUGCUUCCACAUCUCUCUUAACCUCAGUGUUGUUUAUUUUUUUAUUUUUUUUUUUGCUUUCGGUGCCAAAAUAUCAGCAUCUGCCAAACACAGUGGACUGACACAUCAUAUGAUUCAGUAAAAAUGGACAACAUGUUAAUCUUGUUUGAUGUCUUUUAGCUCUGUUUAUGCUGUUUUUUUUUUUUCCUCUCUUUCUUCACACAGCUGUUUCAAUCUGUGUAAGGAGUUAUUGCACUUGAUCACUACAUCUGCCAUUGACUAAGCACGUUGGAGAAGUGCAGGGCAGCACUUUGACAACAUGUGACACACAGUUGUUCGGCUGUCAUCCAAUAGUUUAACAACGGGGCAUAAAAAAAGCACAUCAUAUGUUUGAGUUUAUCCUCUUUUUUUUGGUCACAGGCUGUGUUCUGCUUUGACUGUUUGUUAUAAGUCCAUGUCAUGCUAAAUAUGAAUGUCAUAUCCUUGACAUCUUUUUAAAUUUCUGGUAAUACAUGUCAUUGUUUAUUAAAAUAAAUAUCUUAAGAGUGGUUAAGGAUGAAAAAGUAUUUAUGCACGAGACAAAAUGUGAACAUAUGCCAUUAGUUGUGGUCCGCUUAUUCCGAUUAUUCACACAAACAAACAUGCAUAUUUGUUCUGCUUUGGGCCCCGUCACAGUGCCUUAUUUAUUGGAGAAUGUUUGCUCACAUGUUGGCUGAAACUGGAAAGAGAGCAGGUUUAUUGAUGCCACAUUAACUGCAUUUUUAACCCUGUUUUCUUGUUUAUCCAGGAGGGAAAAAAAGAAAAAAUCUAUUCUUCCCCGGACUUGCUCACUUUUUUCCUCUGUUUUCCAUAAUAUACCGAGGAUGUUUGUUUGAACCAUGUAAAAUUUACUAAGCUGUCACUGUCGUGUUUUGUCCUGCAUAUUCCUCUGUGUUCUGAUACAUUUUUUACUUGUAUUAUUGAUAACAACAAAUUUUCCUUUAUCUUAUUUUAAAGAAAUAAAGAUUAAAGUUGUAAAUA